GUGAAGUAGCACAGUAGACUGUCACUGCACGGAAUACAUAGCUACACUUUUCUGUUAUUCAUAACUUUCUGGAAAUGACAUUUAUACGUUAAGCUUGAAGACUAAAUCCAACCCAAAAUGACGGUGGACUUUGAAGAAUGUGUGAAAGAUUCACCCCGGUUCAGGGCAAACAUUGAUGAAGUGGAGACGGAGGUGGUAGAGAUUGAAGCUAAACUAGACAAGCUGGUGAAGCUAUGCAGUGGGAUGAUCGAGGCAGGGAAGGUGUAUGUCAGUGCCAACAAACUCUUUGUGAAUGGAAUCCGGGACCUGUCCCAACAAUGCAAGAAGGAUGAGAUGAUCUCGGAUUGCCUGGAGAAGUGUGGGGAGAGCCUCCAGGAAAUAGUCAACUACCACAUGAUUCUGUUCGAUCAAGCCCAGAGAUCUGUGAAGCAGCAACUGCACAACUUUGUGAAAGAGGAUGUCCGUAAGUUCAAGGAGACCAAGAAGCAAUUUGACCGCAUGCGUGAGGACAUGGAGAUAGCCCAGGUGAAGAACGCCCAGGCUCCCAGGAACAAGCCACACGAGGUGGAGGAGGCCACCGGAACACUCAGUGUCACCAGGAAGUGCUUCAGACACCUGGCCCUCGACUACGUACUUCAGAUCAACGUCCUUCAAGCCAAGAAGAAGUUUGAGAUCCUAGAUGCUAUGCUGUCCUUCAUGCAUGCCCAGUACUCCCUCUUUCAGCAGGGCUACAACCUGCUGGAUGAGAUUGACCCCUACAUGAAGAAGCUGGCUGCUGAGUUGGAUCAGUUGGUGAUUGACUCGGCCAUGGAGAAGAGGGAUAUGGAACACAAGCACGCCACCAUACAGCAGAGGACCCUCAUGCAGGACUUCUCGUAUGACGACUCGAAGGCAGAGUUGUUCAACGUGGACGCGCCCAAUGGCGUGGUGAUGGAGGGGUACCUGUUUAAGAGAGCCAGCAAUGCCUUUAAGACGUGGAACAGGCGGUGGUUCUCCAUCCAGAACAGUCAGCUGGUCUAUCAGAAGAAGCUGAAGGAUUCCCUGACGGUGGUGGUGGAGGACCUCAGGCUGUGCUCUGUCAAGCCCUGUGAGGACAUUGAGAGGAGGUUCUGCUUCGAGGUUGUCUCCCCCAACAAGAGCUGUAUGCUGCAGGCGGAGUCAGAGAAGCUUCGGCUAGCCUGGAUCCAAGCAGUGCAGGCCAGCAUUGCCUCAGCAUACAGGGAGAGCCCAGACUACCACUACAUCGAGUGUCUGGAUAGGACAGCCUCACCUUCCGUCAGCAGUAUCGACUCGGCCAGCGAGCCUCGGGAACGCAGUGUCAGGGGGGAGACCAUCCUGCAUCGUAUACAGUGUCUCCCGGGCAAUGAGUAUUGCUGUGACUGUGGCCAGGCCGACCCGCACUGGGCCUCCAUCAACCUGGGCAUCCUGCUCUGCAUCGAGUGCUCCGGCAUCCACAGGAGUUUGGGGGUUCACUGCUCCAAGGUGCGCUCUCUAAUGUUGGACUCAUGGGAACCUGAGUUACUAAAGCUGAUGUGCGAGCUGGGAAACAGUGUCAUCAACCACAUCUAUGAGGGAGCAUGUGAGGCACAGGGCCUGAAGAAACCAGGGCCCUCAAGUUCCAGGCAGGAGAAGGAGGCAUGGAUCAAAUCAAAGUAUGUGGAGAAGAAGUUCCUGAAGAGGUUGGGGGCCACCGAGGUGCUUGUGAACGGCGGGCGGAAGACGGAGCACCGGUGGAGUGUGAAGAAGUGGCAGAGACACAACAGCGCCACCACAGUGCCUAAGACCCGACGGAAAUACCGUCAGGAGCCGGGCAGCGCCUCCCCUGCCACCCUCUCCUCAGCCGCUUCAGCUCUAGAGAGAAAGUUCCGACGAGAGUCACUGUUUUGUCCAGACGAGCUGGACAAUCUCUUCUCUUACUUCGACACAGGAUCUGGACCUCGUAGCCCUGCAGGUCUGAGCAGUGACAGUGGCCUGGGCGGCAGCACAGACGGCAGCACAGAUAUCCUGGUGUUCGGCUCAGUGGUGGACAGUGUUACAGAGGAGGAGUGUGAGGUGUCAGAGGACUCUAGCGGAGAGGCUGAGAUGGAGCCAGAGACCGAGACCCAGUCGGACCCAGAGGAUGGGCGUGAGCUCCACCCUGGGGCGCUGCUCUACAAGGCCUCCCAGGCACGCAACCUGCCCGGCAUGGCUGAGGCGCUGGCCCACGGGGCUGACAUCAACUCCGUCAACGACGAGGAUGAUCGCAAGAGCCCACUCAUACAGGCUGUGUUUGGGGGCUCCUUGAUAGCCUGCGAGUUCCUGCUCCAGAAUGCAGCUGACGUCAACCAAAGAGACGCAAGGGGGAGGGGGCCACUACACCACGCCACAUAUCUGGGACACACAGGGCAGGUGUGUUUGUUCCUGAAGAGAGGAGCCACGCAGAAUGACAGGGAUGAGGAUGGACAGGACCCUCUGAGUAUCGCUGUGCAGGCAGCCAAUGCAGACAUCGUCACUUUGUUGCGACUGGCCAAGAUGAAUGAGGAGAUGCGGGAGUCAGAGGGACCGUUCGGCCAGCCAGGUCAAUACCCCACUAGCAGCUCCACAGAACAGCAAUAUAAGAAAUGCAUACAAGAGUUUAUCUGUCUCCACAUAGCUGAUUGCUAGAAGUCAAUCACAAUACUUAGUCCUGGUCCAAUGAAUCAAGCUUUCCCUUCAGAUGAUGGUUGGAUGGGAAGCCAAUAGUAUACCAGGACUGUGGCAGCCCUGUGUGGAAUCUUGUACAGGAAGGAACAUUGUCCAAAACACACAUUUCUUUGUCAAGAUUCCCCACAGGCUGCUGUCUGUGUUCUAGCCAAUACUCUGGCUAACUAAAGUUUUUCAAACGAGGCGGCACCAGAAUAUACCAACUACAAUUCCCUCAGGCUCAUCAACGUAUAGGAUGUCAGUAUUAUUAACUCUGUCAUGAUGUCAAACUGUACGGUUGACUUCAUGGCUAAAUUUGCUAAGAGUUAGUUCAUUUGUCACAAAUGGUUAGGGACCAAGUUUUUAAUAUGACUUCAUAAGUUCAUUUAAAUCAUCUUUACUAUACCAUCUGUAUCCUACUUAUACCCAUGUCAAGCCAAGUUAAUUCAGCUGCUCUAUAUUUAUUUGGAGAGGUGUUUGCUUGUGGUCUUCAAGGUAGGGUGGUGCGCUCCUAACCAAAGACCAGAUCCGGCCAAUAUGUUGCACAUUACAGUGCAUUCGGAAAGUAUUAAAGUAUUUUUUCCCCCUCAUCAGUCGACACACAAUACCCCAUAAUGACAAAGCAAAAGCAGUUUUUUUAAAUUCUUUGCAAACAUAUAAAAAAAUAAAUGGAAAUAUCACAUUUACAUAAAUAUUCAGAACUUUUACUGAGUACUUUGUUGAAGCACCUUUGGCAGCGAUUACAGUCUUAUUGGGUAUGACGCUACAAGCUUGGUACACCUGUAUUUGGGGAGUUUUUCCCAUUCUUCUUUGCAGAUCCUCUCAAGCUCUGUCAGGUUGGAUGGGGAGCAUUGCUUUACAGCUAUUUUCAGGUCUCUCCAGACAUGUUUGAUCGGGUUCUCGUCUGGGCUCUGACUGGGCCACUCAAGGACAUUCAGAGACUUGUCCCGAAGCCACUCCUGCGUUGUCUUAGCUGCUUAGGGUUGUUGUCUUGUUUAGAGUCGUUGUCCUGUUUGAAGGUGAACCUUCACCCCAGUCUGAAUCCUGAGCACUCUGGAGCAUCAAGGUUUUCAUCAAGGAUCUCUCUGUACUUUGCUCUGUUCAAUCUUUCCCUUGAUGCUGACUAUUCUCCCAGUCCCUGCCGCUGAAAAACAUCUCCACAGCAUGAGGCUGUCACCACCAUGCUUCACCAUAGGGAUGGUUCCAGGUUUCCUCCAGAUGUAACACUUGGCAUUCAGGACAAAGAGUUCAGUCUUGGUUUCAUCAUACCAGAGAAUAUUGUAUCUCAUGGUUUGAGAGUCUUUAGGUGCCUUUUGGCAAACUCCAAGCAGGCUGUCAUGUGCCUUUCGCUGCGGAAUGGCUUCCGUCUGGCCACUCUACCAUAAUGGCCUGAUUGGUGGAGUGCUGCAGAGAUGGUUGUCCUUCUGGAAGGUUCUGAGCUCCACAGAGGAACUCUGGAGCUCUGUCAAAGUGACCAUCAGGUUUUUGAUCACCUCCUUGACCAAGGUCCUUCUCCCCCAAUUGCUCAGUUUGGCCGGGCGACCAGCUCUAGGAAGAGUGUUGGUGGUUCCAACCUUCUUCCAUUUAAGAAUGAUGGAGGCCUUCAAAGCUGCAUAAAUGUUGUUCUACCCUUCCCCAGAUAUGUGCCUCAACACAAUCCUGCCUCAGAGCUCUACAGACAAUUCCGUCCACCUCAUGGCUUGAUUUUUGCUCAACAUGCAAUGUCAAUUAUGGGACAUUUAUAUAAACAAUUGUGCGCCUUUCCAAACCAUGUCCAAUCAAUUGAGUUUACCACAGGUGGACUCCAAUGAAGUUGUAGAAACAUCUCAACGAUGGUCAAUGGAAACAGGAUGCACCUGAGCACAAUUUCGAUUCUCAUAGCAAAGGGUCUGAAAACAGAUGUAAAUAAGGUAUCUGUUUUUUAUUUUUAAUACAUUUGCUAAUAUUUCUAAAAAAACAAAUGUAGCUUUGUCAUUGAGGUAGUGUGUGUAGAUUAAUGAAGGAAAUAAUUUAUUGAAUCCAUUUUAGAAUAAGGCUUCUAAUGUAACAAAAUGUGGAAAAAGACAAGGGGUCUCAAUAUUUUCAGAAUGCACUGUAACUAUCAUCAACCGACCUGCUUAUAUAAGAAUACCAGAUCAGCAUAUGGUAGUCUUGUCAAGAGUAGACUAUGAAAGCAGACAUUCAACACAUUCAUUUUAAGGCCUGAAAGUCGUUGUCUUUGUAUCUAGUCAGUUAUUACAAACAUAUUAAUUCUGCUCCAGCUGUGUUGUGGCAUGAGGUGGUUCUUUAGUACACGCAUGUUGUUUUAAAAAGGGGUGAUUUGAAGGGGUGACAAUGAAGCUAAAUAAUAACUGUGAUUGAGAAUGGAUGAUAUAUGGAUUAUAUGUCAUAAAUGUGUACUUGUCUUGGUGGAGACACUUUAAAGUAAAGCUUUUACAUGGAUUUUAAAGCAACAUUAUGCACUUUUCCUACCCAUAAUGAUUUGAAUUUAUUUUUGGCAUUUUAAUUUACUAGUGUAGGUUUUUACCAUCAUUUAUGAACUGCCUAGACUCUAGGCCCUAGAGCAAUAGUGCAAUGAUAAUUUAAAUACAGAUACGCUGUAUUUCUUGUAUUAUGUUGAACAAUAUGAUGCAGAUGGUAUUUUUUUAAACUGGAUAUAUUUUGUUAAUUUUAUUUUCCUGAGCUUUCACACACAACAUCACUUAACCUUUACCAUGAUUUCUUCAUGUCUCUUUUUGGAAAAGACAACCACAACUCACAAUCUUAUAAUAGAAACCUUACAAACUGCAAUGAGACUGACCUUUUUAAUAUAAUAUGUAUUACAGUAUUUGUAUGUUUGCCAAACAUUGACUUAUGUUUGAUGUAUCAUGGCUAUACAAUAUUAUAUUUGUUCUGGGUUUCUUGCUUGAAUAGUGCAUGGGUUGCUGUAGCCCAGGUCUUUCAAAGCCCUGUUGGUUUUGUUUACUUCAUUCAUCCGUGUAUGUUAAUAUUUGAUAUAUUGUGUAAUGAUAACUGUGUAAUGUGCUGCCAAAUCAUGACAACUAUACAUAGUAAGACAUUGUAAAGGUUAGAUCUGUAGUCUAUUGGCAAACUGAACCAGAUAUAUUGGAUAGACUACCCCAUAACAUACAGGCAUAGUUUGACUUUGACAGGCCAUUUAGAACAGGAGAGAAAGCUUGGUCUAUGUAAAACUUUCUAGCUCCCCUGAAUACCAACAUAAUACUCCGUUAUGUAAGCACAGCCUGUGUACACACAGUCAGAGGAUGACCAGUCCUCCAUGUUUACCUUGAUACUGUGCAGUUGCUUACUGACCUAACCACAUGUUUACAUCAUGUUCCAGAGUUGAAAUCAUCUUGAUCAGGAAAUUACAUUAGUUGUUCUUGCUGUAGGCUAGUAACAACUGAUGUUUUUACAUUGCGUUUGGGUUGCUCGAGUUUACUUCAAGCCAAAGACCACAUUACGUUCUUCAAGUAAUUUAUAAGCAGAAAAUAAAUAAGCAGUAAAAAAAAAACUUUCGAAUAUGUCUGUUAAACUAUCAAUUUCAUUCUAGUUUUGGCUUCUACUGUGCAGUACAUGACAAAAAGAGUAGUAGUAGAUUAUAUUAGACUCAAUGAAAGAUCUAGGGAACAAUGUUAUGACCAAAAAAUGCCAAUGAUUUGCGUCAAGCCACUAAAGGUUUACAUGUUGUACAGUACAGUGUAUCGGAGUGAGUGGAUUGACUAGACCAUAGGUUGACUAGGUGACUGCUAUGCUGUAAAUAGGCUAAACAAUUAUUACCGCUUGAAACAUGCAAAUUUAAACUUUCCUGUAUUGUCUUUAAAAAAAAUGUUUUUUUACUAAUUACCUCUGUACGUUGUUUGUAUAUUGUUUGUGAACUCUGUAUCUUUAAUUAACUUACACUACCUUUAUGUUAAUUUCCUUUUCCUAAUGUCUUCUAAAAUGAGAAAAUACUGAAAAUAAAUGGAAGAUGUGACUCAUUCAACACCUAACUUCUCCCGCUGCUUAUUGCUUCAUUUCUUCUGUUCUUUCUAUAGCACUAUUAUAACACUCCCUCUGUCACUACAACUUAACACUCCCCCUGUCACUACAACUAACUGCAUUAACCUGAACUGGCAAUGCACUUAUGAGUCAACCACUUACGUCUAGGGUGAAGAUAUAACAACAUACCACACAUUUUCAGAGAUUAGAAAACCUGUCCUCCUACAUUCAACUCAGUAUGGAUUCAAAAAGUAUUUCUAUGGUCAAUCCAGUUUGCCCCAUAUUUAAAAAAAAAAUGUUUACACUUGUUUCAGCGCUUUAUAAAAUGUUUUCAUUUUGUUUGAUAAAUCGAUUCUCAACUGUUUAUUUGAAAGGGCUGUGAAUUGGCCCCUGUAGAUGGUGUGCUGCUCAUUUGCCCAUUGAUCAUAAAAUACCAAAUAAUCAUAGAUACACACAGCCACAGACUGGAAUGUUCUUCUUCCCUCCUUUUUUAAAUUAGUCUAGCUGAGAAUUUCUCGGGGUAGAAAGGAGUUUGACUGGCGGUCGCCAUGGUCACCAGAAAAGUAAAGCUUGAUAAUUUGGUAAUAGAUUGGGUGAAGCCUAGAGUCAUGGUGCCUAGACUAUGGUUUUGUUCCUCUGCUGAUGUGUUAUCUAGACUUGAAUUUAAAAAAAAUCUUUGUAUCAGGUUUUGAACAAUCGAUUUCAUGUUUUUUCACACAAAUUCCACAUUAUUUUAUGGCAGGCCUACUGUUAUUUACCAGAUCAAUUCAAAUGCAAUUCUUGACGAUAAUGCUCUGUUACAUUCCUAUCCCUUUUCAGGAGACACUACUUACCUCGACAUCUUCCGAGAGUUUUCUCACAUGGCCUCCCACAAUCCAGAGAAGCUGAAGCGGAG